AAGUUGUAAACUCGACAUUUGAACCCAGGUCACAAAACUGAUAACGAAGAUACAUGGUGAAAAACAGGAACUCUGAUAAAGACACCAGUAUAAAGUGAGGCCAUAUCUUCAUCACGAGGACACGAAACAUAUGAGGAUAAACAUGGGUGCGGUAAAUAUGCAAACAACAUGGUUACUCUUGCUAGUAAUAAGCUUUUCGGCUGGUAAAACGUACGGAUUUUCGGAUCUCGAGAAUUUCAUCAGGGUAAUCGGUUCAUUGAACCCAAACGAGACAGUGGUGAACUAUUUAAAUGGGUCAGUGUUUUGGAAACAACCAAAGUCGAUUCUUCAAAAACUAUUCAACUACGAAGGGUACAAUAUAAAUCGCAAAAUACGGCAAUCUGAUGGCACAUUUCUGUCAUUGUCUAGAGAAUUUGUUGUUUACCGCCAACCGAAUACAUCUGAAAUUCUGCAGGUGUGGAUGAAUCCUAUUUCCAACAACGCAAACGAGGUUUUCAACGUUGCAAACGAUCCAGUGAACGCUCACAUUGGAAGCGCAACGCCAGCAAUGCCUGUACCGCCUUCUUUACCAAAAUUUCUGGUAUAUAAUACUGAUAUCGUAUUGGAAUACCCAAAUCCUUUGCAACCGGAUAACUAUGCCAAUUACUCGGCUGGACCCAUAUACGAUUCCGUAGAGUUAUUCGGAUUCUUUUCUAAUUCAACCCUUGUAAAUGCAUCAAAAACAGACAGCGUGCCAAUGACAGGUACGUGGAUGCGAAAAUCACAAUACUUGCCCUGGAUGGUACUAGGGACAACUCCUGGGUCUUUGUUUUACACAACACUCGCUUGGAAAUGUUCCGAUGGUCUCCAAUGCGUAGCGGAUGAUAUCAUGCAGAUUAUCAAGCAAAACUUCCCAAAAUAUCAGUAUGCGCCAUCUACGGAAGAAGUCCCGAAUGAAACGUCGUGGACGGCUUUCAAAAAGAUUAUAGACCAACGCAGACUUGCCGGUCUACCGGAUAUUAUUAUUCCCCAGGUUAACGCUUCCUCCGAUGUAAGAGACAUGACCUACGACGUAGACCAACGUGUGUUAGACAUCCUGUACAAAUGGCCGAUAACUGUUCGCGUCAAUGGAACUGCUUGGUCGGAGAUUACAGGACAGCAAGGCAUCGCCUUGUUCGACGUCGGUGGUUACGUGGGAGUUGACCUCGAACCUUUGUUUGAUUACAGCGGCUACCGUCUCCAGCUAGAUGGCGCGUUGAUCUUAUACAAUAGGACAACGCACGCCGUCAUGCAAAACUUCCACAAUCCAAUCACUGGCCGAGUUAACAAGGUUAAGCCAUUGGAGGUUGCGAUAGACCUUAUCUUUCGCAGGGAUUCCUUCUUCACUGUAGACAUACCCUCGUCCGAAAUUGUCGGUUUGAUUGGGGCUCAGUCCACGGACACCGAUAAUGGAUGGGCAGUGAAUAUGUUGAACAUUUUGUUUCCAUGGCAGCCUGGAACUGGGAAUCUCUCGUCCACAUUUUAUGGAACGUGGUCUUCGUUUGCAUCGUGGCCUGAGUUCAUGGUAAUGGGAGAUACGCCAGGGAAUAUUGUGCAAAAGCUAACGGUUACCAACGGUAUGUAAAACUGUAAUGCAAUGAUGAGAAAGUGAAUCAGGAGACAGGAACCACCUACUACUGGCGUGAUUUUAUGAACUAUUUUGUCAGACGUUUAUUCGUGCUGUCUAUAAAAACAGACCCAUGCUUUGAAUUUACUUGCGUGCAAGUCUUGUACAAGACAGUUUCUUUGAAACACUGUUUCAUUUUAAUAUUAACGUAUAUCGUAUAUAAUCGCACAGAUUGUUAAGAGCUAGUACAUUAAAAGGCCUCUAGACCGAAACCACAAUGCUCUAUAUACAAAAAUACUAUUCGACAACCGCCGUAAACGACCCGUGCACAUCAGUGCAUAUGACUAUGAAAGUCGCCUUAAAAACGAACUGUGUGAAGUCGUGUUACCAUCAGGCAAUAUACAAAUAUCAGUUAUGACUUAAGUGAGCACUGUCUACACAAUUAUGAAUAAUCUUUCUCAUAAAAUAACAAGAUAUACGUUCAACUAUACUAAUAAAUAUCCCUUUUAAGUA